AUGUUAGAUUAUGAAUAGCCAGGAGACUAAGGUGAUUUGAUUGUAUAUGCAAUUUACAAAGUAUUUGUAAUGAAUUUGGAUCUAAUGGGAGAUACUAUUCUAACUAAGAAUGAUUAUACUACAGCAAAACGUAAAUUAUUAUGGUUGGCAUUAUCUCAUAUGAAAGAAAGGAGAAAAGAAGAUGAUGAUGCUGAAUUUACAAGAAGAUUAAUAAAGAAAUAGAGAGAAGAAAUGUAAAAGUAAUUAGAAGAAGAAGAAGAGAGAAAGAAACAAAUAAAAAAUUAAUUAUCUGAAAAAAGAAUGUAAGUUUAUGGAUUCUUACAUACAGUAGAAUAACCUAAAGAAAUAAAGAAAGUUGAAGAAACACCUGAAUAAAUUAUGUUAAAAAGAUAAUUGGCUUAAUUUAAUGUGACCAAACCAAGAAAUAAAGUUGAAGCAUUUCUUACAAAAAUGAGAGUAAAAGAACCAUUCGAAUUUUAAUAUCCUGAACCUCAAAAAUAUGAGGCUCCUAAAAAGGAUCCUAAGGGCAAAGUAAAGAAUUUUGUUUAUGAAGUUCAAUAUCCUAAAGUAAUUCCUGGGGUUCAAUAAAUGAUAACUCCUGCUUCAUAUUGUAUUGCAUAAAUCUUUUCAGAUAAUACUUUAUAAUUUGAAUAACCAAAAUUAGAGAAAGUUUAUGAUUAUGAGAUUUUGGAAUAAUUACAAAAAUAAUAACAAAAAUAAUAACAGUAAAUGUAAGGUGUCUAAAGAAAUGUCUCUUAUUUUGGAUAAAUUGGAUCAAGAGUAUUUGAUAAUACUGAUUAUACAAAUGGAGUAAUAGUUCCUGUUGGAAGAAAGAUUGUUAAGGAAGAAGAAAAAAUAGAAAGUAAAACAAAGAGAUUAAAUAAAAUGUAAAUGGUAGAUAGAUGUAUUGAGUAAUUAGAAAAUGAAUUAUUUUUAAAUUCUUGA